AUGACUGGUACUGAAGAUAAGGCUGUAAAUGGAGAUAUCUUUUAUUAUUUUGCAUAUGGUUCAAAUAUGCUUGAUGAACGUAUGAAACUUAUGAAUAAGACAGCAAAAUAUUUUGGUAAUGGUGAAGUUUUAGGAUACAAGUUGGCAUUUUAUGAUCAUAGUGAUACAUGGCACGGUGCUACUGCUUCAAUUGAAGAAAAUCCUGAUUCAAUUAUUUAUGGAUGCAUUUAUAGUGUUUCCAGAGAAGAAGAAGCAAUUUUAGAUCAACAAGAAAAAGGUUAUCAUCGUAUAACUAUUCCUGUUAGAAAUAUCAAGACAAAACAAGUUCUUUAUUGCCGUUCCUAUCAAAUUUCUAAUCCAAAUAAAAAAGAAAAUCUUCCAAGUUCAGCAUAUAAAAUUGUCUUUACUACUGGAGCUAUUAUGCACAAAUUACCAGAAAAAUAUUUAGAAUAUCUUUUAGAUAUCAAGGAUAAUGGUGAAUUGGACAAAAUUAAUGUUCCACUCAAAUGUUUAAUCGAUAUACAACUUCCAUAA